GAUCGGUGAAGAGCCGAAGACGUCAGUUUGGUCAUGUGAUCAGCUGUGUCCAAUCACAGCUGAUCGCAUGGGACAUGUACACUGAUCAUCAGGGCACUGACAAUCAGUGUGCCCUGAUGAUCAGUGUAGCCCCAGCAGUGCCAGCUGUCAGUGUCCAUCAGUGCUCAUCAAUGCCACCUGCCAGUGCCCAUCAGUGCCACAUAGUGCCUAUCUGAGCUGCCUUUCAGUGCCACCUAUCAAUGCCAGUCAGUGCCAUAUAUGAGUGUUGCCUUUCAGUGCCCAUCAGUGAUGCCUGUCAAUGCCCAUCAGUGCUUUCUCAUCAGUGCAGUCUCAUUAGCGCACAUCAGUGA